CAGUAGGUCGGCCUGAAGCGUGUUAGCGCUUCUCUCUGGUGCCUGAGGAGCAAGUUCCAGAAGCCGUCCAUCCAAUCACAGAGCGAGAGUCUUCAGAAGCCUCGCGAGACCUGCACAUCACCGUCUAGUGUUCACUACAUUUUCCGUUCCUCGGUGUGUGAGGGAAGCAUCCUGCCGCAGCCAUGUCCCGGAGAAGGCACAGCGACGAGAAUGAUGGCGGGCAACCUCAUAAAAGGAGUAAAAUGUCCGAGCCCUUUGAUAUAGAACAUCGUAUUGAGUCACUGAUAUUUAGAGUGGGGGAAAAGAGUACCUCAUCACUGGAAAGUAACCUGGAAGGACUGGCUGGUGUUUUGGAGGCUGACCUGCCUAACUACAAAAGCAAGAUCUUGAGGAUUCUUUCUACAGCCACUCGCAAUCUGCCUCUUAAGAUGACGGUUUACACAACACUAGUGGGCCUGCUGAAUGCAAGAAACUACAAUUUUGGUGGAGAAUUCGUAGAAGCUAUGCUCCGUAACCUGAAAGAAGCCAUAAAGUCCGAAGCCUAUAUCGAGGCUGCAUAUCUUGUCCGCAUUUUAUCAGAUCUUGUGAAUUGCCAUGUUAUCUCAGCCCCCUCCAUGGUAGCAAUGUUUGAAAGUUUUGUUGGGGUUGCACAGGAAGAAGAUAUACCUCAGGUUCGAUCUGAUUGGUAUAUAUAUGUCGUUCUUUCUUCCUUGCCCUGGGUUGGUAAAGAAUUGUAUGAAAAGAAGGAUGUAGAGAUGGACCGUAUUUUAUCACAGAUUGAAAACUACCUCAAGCAACGUCAAAAAAUCCAUUUUCCUGUGUUAAAAGUAUGGUCAGCAGAUAAGCCUCACCCACAAGAGGAGUACCUGGAUUGUCUUUGGUCCCAGAUUCAAAAGCUGAAGAAAGAUCGCUGGCAGGAGAGAUACAUAUUGCGCCCAUACCUUGCUUUUGAUAGCAUAUUGUGUGAAGCCUUGCAACAUAAUUUGCCACCCUUUGCACCACAACCUCACACAAAAGAUUCUGUCUAUCCCAUGCCAAGAGUCAUAUUCAGGAUGUUUGACUACACAGAUGCUCCAGAGGGCCCAGUGAUGCCUGGAUCACAUUCUGUAGAGCGAUUUAUUAUAGAGGAAAAUCUGCACUGGAUCAUUAAUUCCCACUGGAGAGAGAGGAACACCUGUGCUGCACAGCUUCUCAGCUACCCUGGAAAGAAUAAGAUCCCUUUGAACUAUCAUAUUGUGGAGGUGAUCUUUGGACAGUUGUUUCAGAUUCCAGUUCCACCACAUAUAGAUGUCAUGUACACAACAUUGUUAAUUGAGCUUUGCAAGCUACAACCAGGAUCCUUGCCGCAAGUGCUUGCCCAAGCUACUGAAAUGUUGUACACUCGCUUGGAUACAAUGAAUGUAACUUGUAUUGACAGGUUCGUAAAUUGGUUUUCCCACCACCUUAGUAACUUUCAGUUUAGAUGGAAUUGGGAAGAUUGGGCAGAUUGUGUUUCACAGGACUUGGAUAGGCCUAAACCCCAGUUUGUUCGGGAAGUCUUGGAAAAAUGCAUGAGACUUUCUUACUACCAACGGAUAUUGGAUAUUGUACCUUCAACCUUUUCUGCAUUGUACCCAGCUGAGCCAAAAUGCAAAUUCAAGUAUGGUGAUGAGAGCAGCAGUGCUCUGCCUGGAUAUGCUGCUGCUAUCACCUUGACCAAUGCUAUAAAAAACAAGGCAGUUAGCGAAGACGUAUUUAAUCUUUUGAAAGAUGUACCAAACCCUAACCAAGAUGACGAUGACGAUGAAGGUGUGAGCUUUAACCCGCUGAAAAUAGAGGUGUUUGUUCAGUCCCUGCUCAAUUUGGCCUCAAAAUCAUUUAGCCAUUCAUUCAGUGCUAUUGCAAAGUUUCAUGACGUAUUUAAAGCUCUGUCUGACACUGAGGAAGGAAAGCUCCACAUUCUGAGAGUGGUUUAUGAUGUCUGGAAAAAUCACCCUGAGAUGGUUGCAGUGCUUGUUGAUAAAAUGAUCCGGAUGCAAAUUGUCGACUGUGCUGCUGUAGCUAACUGGAUCUUCUCCCCUGAGAUAUCGCCUGAUUUUACUAGGUUAUACAUUUGGGAAAUUCUGCACUCCACAAUUAGAAAAAUGAAUAAACAUGUCCAGAAAAUCCAGAAAGAGUUGGAGGAUACUAAGCAGCGGCUGGCCAAGCAACACAAGCGGAGAGAGACUGACGAUGACGGCGGAAGGGAGGAUGGGCCCCUGGAAGAGCAAAUUGAGCGCUUACAAGAAAAAGUAGAGUCCGCACAAAGUGAACAAAAGAACCUUUUCCUUGUAAUUUUCCAGCGUUUUAUUAUGAUACUGACGGAGCACUUAGUCCGCUGUGAAACAGGGGGCAUUGAUGUGAUUACUCCAUGGUACAAGAACUGCAUAGAGAGAUUGCAACAAAUCUUUCUGUUGCAUCAUCAGAUAAUCCAGCAGUACAUGGUGACUUUGGAGAACCUGUUGUUUACCGGAGAACUGGACCAUCACAUUCUGACCGUCUUCCAGCAGUUCUGUUCAUUGCAGGCUAAAUGGUAGCUCAAUUGAUAACAUUUGUCUCCACUGUACUGCCAUACAAAGUGGGAGACUUGUAAGGAAAGGACUGUGGCAAUGCUUUUAUCGAAGACUCUGUAAAGAUCAACUGGGUGCAGACUUUUGUAGUAUUUAAAGUAAUCUGGCUUCAGAUUGGAAACACGCUAUGAAACAGUUUUGUUUUGGAUUAGCCCUGAUGCUUUAGCUCCCAUUCUCCGCCUAUUUGUGGUCCUAGGUUAUUUUAAUGUUUUGCUAGGUCUCCUUGUCGUAAUGUGAAGUAAGGAGUCAUAGGGGAAUAUUACUAGAUAAUGUCCUUUUUUUUUUUUUUUUUUUUUUU